UAACCCUGCAACUCUAACCUCCUCCUCCACCUCCUCCAUGACCACCCACUCCUCCUCCCCUUCCUCCACCACCACCACCACCACCACCACCAACCACCGCCCCUUCCCUCCGCCCCAGACCCUAAUCCCCCCCGAUUUCGCCUUCGACCCCGACCCCAGCCCCAGCCCCAGCAGCCCCCCUCCCUCCCCCCCGGCGCCGCCGCCGGAGAACCCUACCCAUCUCCAUCUCCCUCCCUCCACCGCCCCCCUCAUGUCCUCCGACUACGACUUCAACUCCGAUCUCGCCGGCGGCUCCCCAGAGUCCGCCCCUUCCCUCCCCCACUCGCCUCAGGCUCAGGCCCUGCUGCAGCCGCCGCCGCCGCCGACGCCCGCCGCCCAGGGCCCCGCCAUGUCCCGCGUCCCGAGCCUCCUCCACCUGUCGUUCAAUCAGGACUUCGGUUGCUUCGCCGUGGGGACCGACAACGGGUUCCGGAUCUACAACUGCGACCCGUUCCGGGAGAUCUUCCGCCGGGACUUCGAGUCCGAGGGCGGGAUCGCCGCCGUGGAGAUGCUGUUCCGGUGCAACAUACUGGCCCUCGUCGGGAGCGGGUCCAACGCGCUGUACCCGGUGAACAAGGUCAUGAUCUGGGACGACCACCAGUCCCGGUGCAUCGGGGAGCUCUCCUUCCGGUCCGAGGUGAAGUCGGUCAAGCUCCGGCGGGACCGCAUCGUGGUGAUCCUGCUCCAGAAGAUAUAUGUCUACAACUUCGCCGACUUGAAGCUGCUGCAUCAGAUUGAGACGAUCGCGAAUCCGAAGGGUUUGUGCAUGGUGUCGCAGAGCUCGGGGCAGAUGGUGCUCGUCUGUCCUGGGCUUCAGAAGGGGCAGGUUAGGGUCGAGCACUAUGCUUCGAAGAGGACUAAGUUUAUAAUGGCGCAUGGUUCAAGGAUCGCGGCCUUUGCGCUUUCCCAAGAUGGGAGGUUAUUAGCAACUGCAAGUAGUAAGGGGACUCUAGUUAGGGUGUUUAAUACUCUCGACGGGUCGUUGCUUCAAGAGGUUAGAAGAGGUGCGGAUCGUGCAGAAAUAUACAGCCUGGCCUUCUCUUCUACUGCCCAAUGGCUAGCGGUCUCAAGUGACAAAGGAACUGUCCAUGUUUUCAGUCUAAAGGCUGAUUUAGGCACGCUGAACAAUGACAGAUUGCACAACACAUCUGAAAACCAUGGGUCUCCCUCCUCCAUGAUCUCAUCACUUUCUUUCAUGAAAGGUGUUCUGCCUAGGUACUUUAGCUCGGAAUGGUCGGUGGCUCAGUUCCGACUGCAUGAAGGUUUACAAUAUGUUGUUGCUUUUGGACACCAGAAGAACACUGUUUUAAUUCUUGGCAUGGAUGGGAGCUUUUAUCGAUGCCAAUUUGACCCGAUGACUGGUGGAGACAUGACUCAGCUCGAAUACUAUAACUUUCUGAAACCUGACGAAACUUUGUGAGGUGAAGCUGUGUACAUGUCUUUUGACGUUUGCGUGUAUAUUAUCGGUAACACUCUACCUAUAUGACACGAUAAGGUAACUCAAUAAGUUGUAAAUACAUGAUCUGAAAAUGGAGGGCUAUAGGGAUAUCGAUUGCGGGGGGCGGAGUGUAUAUAUAAAUGGGGAGGUUCAGGGAGUUUUUAUUUCUGUAGUUAUGAUGAUAAAAGAUCUCAACCAUUAUGCCUGUUUUACUUUGAUCUUCGCUUUGUGGUCC